GCGGAGACGCCCGCCGCUGCCGGCCCCGCGGCCCACAGGAAGAAUGGUCCAUGAAAUUCAACAACUUGUAAUUGAGGAACCUAGUUCAUGGCUGGAAACAGUUUCUAGUUGGAAGAAUCUUCAUGACGAUGAGAUAAAAAAAGAAAACCUUGUACCUCAAAAGAGAAGAUCAGAAGAGGAGAUACAUAUUACCGCUAAAAAACAGAAGAGAGAAAAAUUGAUAGAGGCAGAUUCUGAGGAACAUCAGACGAAAUGUGUGGUGCCAGAGGGAAACAAUGAUGAGGACUAUCUGACUGGAAGAAAGAUUUUCCUAGAAGAUGCACCUGAAACUAGUAAAGAUAAAUCAGUUGAAAGUAGUAAUCACAGCUUCACUUUCAGAGUUUCUUGUCGCUGUAGUGGAGCAGUUUCAAAAGUAUUUACGUCACAGGAGGUUGGAAGAAUGAUUGGUGUCACUCUUCUAAAACAAUUUGGCUGGAAAGCUGAUCUGAGAAACCCUGAUCUAGAGAUUUUUGUCCAUUUAAAUGACGAGUAUUCUGUGGUGGGGAUUCCUGUCUUCAGACUUCCACUGUCAAAUAGAGAGUACAUCAAAACUGCAGGACUGCGCUCUACUAUAGCUUGGGCUAUGGCAUCUCUUGCUGAAAUCAGUGCUGGUGCAUUUGUGUUAGACCCCAUGUGUGGAUUGGGAACAAUACUCUUGGAAGCUGCAAAAGAAUGGCCUAAUGUACAUUACUUGGGUACUGAUGUAAGUGAUUCACAGCUCCAAGGUGCAUGUGAGAACGUUAAGGCUGCAGGCUUGAUGGAUAAAAUUGAGUUACUUAAAGCUUCUGUGAUAGCAUUGCCAUUCCCUUCAGAAAGCAUUGAUGUUGUCAUUUCGGAUGUUCCUUUUGGGAAAAAGUUCAUGAUAACAAAAGACAUAAAACUUGUACCAGACAUUCUUCGAGAAAUGGAAAGAGUGCUUCACGUUGGAGGGACUGUGGUCUUGUUGCUUAGCCAGGACCCUCACAAGUACGUUGAUGGACCUAUUGCUAAUUAUGUUGAAAACGAUGCAUCAGUUAAUAUCACUUCUGAUGGCACAAAUAAAACUGUUACGGCAACUGACUCAAAUCCCAGGGAGGAAAAUGGGAGCCCACAGAGCAUUUCUUCUUCAAAUAAAAACAUGGAAAGGGAACCCCACAACGAUAAAAUGAAGUGUUUUGGGUCUUUGGUACUUGUAGACUCCCAUGGAGUUAGUCUUGGAAAAACAAAUGCUUUCAUAUGUAAAUAUAAGAAAAUGCCUACAUCUGAGGUCAACAGCAUUCUUAAAUAAUGCUUGAAUGAAGUUGGUUUGAUACAUUUGAAAGUAUAAUUGUACUGAAACUUA